UAUUUUCCAAGUAAACCGCGUAGAAAUUAUGACUAAAAAGUUGAGAUUUUUAUAAUGCUUUGGUGGGUAUUUGGCCAGGUUUAGCAAGUUUGUUUUCAUUUCUUUAUUCUCAGUCAAGCAUCUUUCUCUGUAAAAGCUUCAAGAACGGAUUUUGAGCUUUCCAGCUUGCACUGCCUGAGAGUUGAGGAGACUCAAUCUGUUUCUCAGGUUUUUCUGUUUUUCCUUCAAUUUUGAGUCCUCAGAAUUAGGGUUUUCUUGAAUUCUUGAGUUUGAUUCCUGCCUCUGCCUUUUGUGAUUGAUGAUUGCUUUGCCUUGUGUACCCUGGUUCAUAGGUUUUGAGUGUACUACUAGUACUACUGCUCAAUUUUGCUAGACUCAUUUUCUUAGAAGCUUCAUCAAUGAUCUACUCCUGAACACUUUAGAGAGAGAGAGCAAGAGAGAAAUCAAUCACAUGAGGUUGGUUUAGGGUCUGUUUUGCUAUCUUUCUCUUACUUCUUUCUGUACCCACUUUCACUUAAAACUAUCACUAUCUUUCUCCUCAGUUUGUACCCCCCAUUUUUUUUUUUCAUUGUUCAACUUGCUGCCAGGAGGGGUGGGUGAGAGGGGGUACAUAUAAGUCCUCUAUAUCUUCUGAUGAUUAGCCUUUGUUCUUGGAUCUUGAAAGGGGUUCUGAAAUUCAGGAUUUCUAACCAUAAAUUCUGCCCCCCUUCACCAUUGAAACAGACUACCAUCAUCUCUGAAGGAAUAUGUCCUUCCAUCUCAGUUUUUCUUAUCAACCCCAGAUGAUCUGGUAUGUAAACCACCAGGUCUGAUUGUUAGCAGUACUGGUUGAGAUUGUGCAAUUAAAUUGAUUAUUGAGUUUGAAUACCACCAGUUGGUGCAAUUUAGUAGUCUAGGCCAUCGAUUCAGUCCUUUUGCCAUUACCCUUUUUCGUUUUGGUUUUGGUAAAGGCAAUGGAAGAUAAGGAAGCAGUAACCACAACCCUUGAUGGGGAGCAGCACAUGAUUGCUGCCGCUCAUCACCUUCUGAAAGCUUUAAGUGCCAGUAAGAAUGUGAACAGUGACAUGAGAAGGCUUCUUGCUGAUCUUGACAUUCAUUUGUCCAAAAUGACCAAACUUAAUGACGAUGAAGCAGAGAGCCUCGGGGAGGUUGAGGAAAGGCUCAAGUCUGCUCAGAGAAAGAUUGUGAGUUUGCAGUCAAAUCACUAUAGAAUAUGGGAUUCUGGUCCUCAACAAGGUUUAGAAUAUUUGGAAGCUGUAGAUGAAGUUCGAAAAUUGACAGAAAGUUUGGUAUCAAGCAGAGGAGGGAAACAGAAAGGGCUAGUACUUAACAAAGCUCACAGCAUAUUGCAGAUGGCUAUGGAAAGGUUACAGGAAGAAGUAGCCAACAUUCUUGCUCAGAAUAAGCACUGUUUUGAGCAUGAAUAUUUGUCAUUCCGUUCAUGUGAAGAGAAUGUUGUGGAUGAGGAAUCAAUAGUUUCAAGCGAGAAUGAAUCAGCAGAGGAGGCAUCAAGGAGAGAGAGCAGUGGCACUGAACCUGAGGAAUAUCGGGUAGAUCUAAUCCACCCUGAUGUGGUUCCUCAUAUUAAAUGCAUUGCAAAUGUGAUGUUUGCUUCACAUUACUAUCAGGAGUUUUGCCAGAUUUUUGUCACCUUCUGGGAAAAUGCAUUGAGUGAAUACUUGAGCGUUCUUCAUAUGGAAUAUCUUAGCAUCGAGGACGUGCUGAAUAUGGAGUGGAGCUGCUUAAACCGCAGAAUCAAGAAAUGGCUAUGGGCAAUGAAGAACAUCAUUGGGUUCUAUCUCCCCAUUGUGAAGAGACUCUUCGAUGAAAUUCUUGGAGAAUUAGGGUCUGUAAGUUCAACAUCCUUUUACGAAGCUUCUAAAGCUUCCGUGUUAUGCCUUUUGAAUUUUGGUCAAGCUGUGGCUGUUGGCCCCCCUCUACCAGAGCGGCUGUUUUGCUUACUUGAUAUGUAUGAAGUCAUAACAAAUCUUCGUCGUGAUAUGGAUGCUUUGUUUGGAGAAGGGGAAGAAGGUUCUUUCGUUCGGGCAGAGUUCCAUGAACUCGAGAAGAGACUAGGAGAUUCCGCUAAGGUAAUCUUUCUGGAGUUUGGCAACAAAAUCGCUUCAGAAACUUCAACAACUCCUCUUAUCAAGGGCGGUGUCCAACCACUCACCAAGUACGUUAUGAAUUAUUUGAUGCUUCUAGCAGAGUAUUGCCAUACCCUCAACUUUCUUAUCGAGGAGAAAACUAUUGACCAUCUAGAUCAAGUUAUUGAUGAAGAGGAUUUGCAGAAAGUUUCAUCUGUGCUCACCUGCCCAGUGGCUCAUCACUUGCAGUCCAUUACAUCAAUUCUGGAAGCCAAUCUGCUUGCCAGGUCAAAUUUGUACAGAAACCACUCCUUAAAGCAUAUCUACAUGAUGAAUAAUAUCCACUACAUGGUUCAGAAGAUAAAGAACUCCAAAAUCAGGGCAUGUUUUGGUGACAGCUGGAUCCGACAGCAAAUGGGGCAGUUCCGGCAGCAUGCAAUGACCUAUGAGAGAAUCACGUGGAGUCCUAUUCUUUCUUUGAUUAGGAAUGAUGGAAGCUCUGAUAAAACACUUCUGAGGGAGAGGUGUAGGAGUUUUAAUGCUGCAUUUGAGGAAAUGUAUAAGAUCCAGACAGGCUGGCUUAUCCCUGAUCUUCAGCUUCGUGAGGAUGUAAGAAUUUCGACUUCAAAGAACGUUGUCCCAGCUUUCCGGGUGUUUUUUGGUUCUGUGAAAGAUUCUGUUGGGGACCGGUACAUCAAGUACACCCCAGAUGACUUGGAGAAUUGCAUCCUCGAUCUUUUUGAAGGUCUGCCAAAGUCUUUAAGCCAUCAUUGGAGAAGGUGAAACUUGCUUGUAUCCUGUUACCUGUAAAUUUCUUUCACUGCUGCAUUUCAAUCUUUUCCCAGGUUUCCACUAUUUUGUAUGGUUACUUGUUAGUGUAACUUAUCAACAGAAAUGUAAUCCGGAAUUUUAUAAGAGUUAAUACC